AUGAGGGGUGGUCUCGUCAUCAUCUCUAGGAUCUUUCGGUUCCCAUGGCUGGAGGACAUUUAAAGGGACUGGGCAGGAGAGGGCCAUGUUCUAAGAGUGCGUAGCUCCAGCCAUGUGCCGUGUGUGAGGAGCUUGGACAGGAUCUGAAGAUGCUCUGCCUGUACGCCUGGACAUUUCUUAUCGGUAUCCUUCAUUCCGUCACCGCCAGCUCUCUGGAAAACCAGUGCAACUGGAGAGGAAGUGGGCUAUCUCUAGAGCCAAAGUCAGUGGAGCAAGUAUCACUGCAUUGUGCGGAGGGCACAGUGGAAUGGUUGUACCCAACGGGAGCACUACGCCUCAGCCUUUUACCGCGCCUCCCCGUCUCAUCUUCAGGACCAGGCUCCAGCCGCUACACGGCCUGCAUCAAGCCAGCAGCUUCGUUUCGGGGUGCUCAGUUAUACCUGGAGAAGGAAGGAGAGCUGGAGCUGUUGAUGUCUGAGGGAGAGCCGUCCAUGCUGUCCAGGGUGCAAUGCUUCACAUGGCUGCCACACCAGAAGGUGGCGCUAUUCCUACAAGCCACUCCUCACCAGGACAUUAGUAGGCGCAUUUCGGCUAUCCGCUAUGAGCUCAGAGGGGAUUGGGAUGGACGGCUGGUGCUACCACUCAACAAGCUGAGCAUGAAAGGUGCCUGCCGGCCGUGUAACGACACGGAGAUCCUGAUGGCCAUGUGCACUAGUGACUUUGUUGUUCGUGGAAACAUCAAGUCAGUGGAGAACAACAACGAACUGCAAGAGUCUGUGAUCGGGAUCAGUGCCACCAGGGUUCACCGACAGAAGUUCACAUUGUUCCAGCCUAGAGGUCACUCAAUGAGGUCCCAUGGGGAAAUAAGGACUCCUAUCAGCUGUGGGGUCAAACCAGGGCCUGGCAGCUUCCUUUUCAUGGGUUGGGUACACUUUGGUGAUGCUUGGUUGGGCUGUGCCCCACGUUACAAAGACUUCAAAAGAGUUUAUGAAUCUGCAACAAAGCUCCAUUCAAACCCAUGUGAGAUAUCUCUGGACUGAUGUUAGCAUAAUGAGUGAUGAUCAACCAAUGGAUGCAAGAGCAUCUCUAUGAGGAAGUCCAGCGUGCCAAAAUUGGAAGACCAUCAUCUUACUUGUAUCUGGAGUCCUCUGAACCCUCAGAAGCUUAGGUUACCUUCGACCUGACUCUAUAGUUCCUUCCAAAUAUCAACACAUCGGUUCAGUCUGGAAGACCUCAGGUGCCGAUCUGGAUAUUUUACCCAAAAGACCUUAAGAGCAUCCGGGACAGAUAUGAAGUUCCCUGAAGAAUUUGGUCAAGGACUAUGACAUAUGACCUUCGGAUCAGAUGAUGUCUCAAAUGGAGCCAUGGUCCGUCUCAUUUCCAGUGCUGUGAAUUCAUAAGUAAGGGGUGGUUGUGACCUUUAUGGAGUCUUCUUCUGAACAAACCCUUCUGAUCUCACCCCUCUCGAAUUUGCACUCUUUGAAAGACUUGCUUGAGAACUGAGCCAGUUCUUAUACUCUCUUAAUUUUUUUCGGGAGUACUUAUUACAAAUGAUAAACAUGCAGCCACCUCCAAGAUGGUGAGACUGUAUGUAUUUUCCAAGAAAUCAAGAACGUUCUCUAUGGCAGCUUGUGAUGAACACUGAACACUAUGGGUGCUCGGCUCUGAGCUCCCUCUGAGCACCCUCCCGAGACCAGUAAAAGGGAGAAAAUGGCGGUAUAGUAAGCAUAGGCCAACGGCUGGCCAUGCUUACAACAUAGAAGGGUACUAAACCGCUACUGGCGCUACGUCAUACUGCUAUAACCCGGUGUUAUUGUGGUAGUGGUAGAGUCCUUGUUGAUUAUUUUUCAUGGUCUACAAAGCACAUCAUUAAUAUAUUUUGCCUUCAAAUAGGGGCGUACAUAGAGGAGAAAGGGUCCAACAGCAUUACCAAAAUUGAGACCACCCUUCACCUGGUGAUGGUUGAUUCCACCACAGCCUCCAGAUCCAGCACUUGCUUGCUUCCAUCACUGGUCCAUAACUGAACCCUACACAGGUUCAUAGUCUUCACUGGACAAGCUUUCAGGGAAACUUGGGCCAGAUUCUCCAUAGGGCCCAUAUGAAAUCAAAGGUCUGCCCUUAGACUAUGUACGCCCUAUAUGUUACAUUUACCCGUUGUUCGGAGUGUCCUCCAUGGGCAUUAUCCUUGGUAGCAGUCGAUCAGUCCACUCCGUGGGAUUUUUACAUAAUUUCACAUAAUUUUGGAGCCACAUAACGGCGUAUGAUCCAGAGCACGGACCAGAAAUAAGUAUGAAUUCACCACCACUCCACUCACCACAAUUAUUCUCCUUAUUCCGACUGGUCUCUAUAAUACUUUAGAGCAGUGUUUCCCAACCAGUGUGCCAAAGGCUGUCUGGGCAUGCUGGGAGUUGUAGUUUAGCAACAGCUGGAGGCACACUGGUUGGGAAACAUUGCUUUAGAGUGAAAUCUAAAAUA